GUCCUCGGCGACGACUCCGGCGAGUGGCGGACGGCGUCCAUCGCGCCGGAGACGCUGACCUACACGGGCUGGUCGGGCUCCGCGGACGGGAACCGGGCCUUCGACGCGUCGACGAUCAUGCGCUGGGACCUCCAGUGGAGCAUCGACGGCUUCGGCGACGUCGGGUCCGAGGAGGCGGGCGUCGUCUGGGUCGACGACGUCGCCUGCGACGGCGGACCCGAGCUCGCGGGCGACGCGUUCGCCGCGCCCUUUGGCAGCGCGGCGCGGCGCGGCUGGACCCCGCGGGCCGACUCGAACACGACGGUGGGCACCGACGGCCUGGUCAUAUCCGCGCGAGACGUCGGCGCGAACGGCGACGCGGAGGCGACCUUCGCGCUGCCGCCGCCGGCCUUCUACCGCUUCGACGCCGCCGAGACCGUCUCCUUCCGCGCGGCCGCGACGGCCGCGGGCGCGGGCGUCUCGCUCGCCGUCGACGGCGCCGUCGCCGUCGAGGCGGACCUCGGCGCGGACGCGGCGACGGUCUCCGGACCCUUCGGCGGCGGCUCCGUCGCGACCUACACCGUCGCCGCGACGGGCCUGGGCGCCGCCGGCGCCGCGGCGACCUUCGCCGACGUCGCCGUCGCCGGCGCGCCGCGCGCGCCGGCGGCGGCGGCGUCCCUGGUCAUGCAGGGCUUCGACGGCGAGUCCAUCGCGGAGAAGGAGGACGUCUUCGUCUUCGGCGGCGCCGGCGCGCUCGACUACGAACGGGUCGACGGCGCGGCCAAAUUCAGCUACGCGGUCGUCCAGACGGAGACCUGGGGCGGCUACGCCGUCUACAUGUACAACCCGAACACCGUGGACGUGCCCCGCCAGCCCAUCAAUUGCGCGUCGGCGACGUCGCUGAGCUUUCGCUACAAAGUCGAAGCUCCCUCGGCGGGGCGCGUCCAGCUCCGCUUGAUCCUCAUGGACUGCGGCGACGACGCCUGUUUAGAGGAUCCGACCCUGGAGGAGCACUGGUACUCGUUCUUCGACGUCCUCGGCGACGACUCCGGCGAGUGGCGGACGGCGUCCAUCGCGCCGGACACGCUGACCUACACCGGCUG